CAAAAUGUUGCCCCGAUGUCGCUGUGGCUCAUCCGGCCCAAGCCCAUUUCCCCACCCCUCUCCGCCGCGAAGACACCGUCGUGCUCGUGCCAAGCCAACUCCUCGUCUUCGGCUCUUCGCCCGCCUGGUGCCCGCGCGGACUCGGUCUCGGUCAGUCCAGUCCACGCCCGCGGCGGCGAGUCGGCGGCCGCGAUGGACUCGAGGCCCCGGGAAGCCCCUGCCCCCGCCGAGCCUUCCGGCGGCGCGGCCCCGGCUGCGGCGAACGGCGAGGUGGAGAUCACGAAGCCCCGCAACGACAAGCGCGGGUACCGCCGCGUCGUGCUCCCCAACGCCCUCGAGUGCCUCGUCAUCAGCGACCCCGACACCGAUAAGGCGGCGGCGUCGAUGAACGUCUCGGUAGGCUACUUCUGCGACCCCGAGGGGCUCCCUGGGCUUGCACACUUCCUUGAGCAUAUGCUUUUCUAUGCUAGCGAGAAAUAUCCUAUAGAAGACAGUUACUCAAAGUAUAUUGCAGAGCAUGGUGGUUCAAGGAACGCCUUCACAUCUCGUGAACACACAAACUUUUUUUUUGAUGUGAACAAUGAUUGCCUGGAUGAUGCUUUGGAUAGGUUUGCACAAUUUUUCAUAAAUCCACUGAUGUCACCUGAUGCAAUUCUUAGGGAAGUUAAUGCUGUUGACUCUGAAAACCAGAAAAACUUACUGACAGAUAUUUUGCGAAUGAGUCAGCUCCAGAAACAUAUUUGCUUGGAGAGCCAUCCAUAUCACAAGUUUAGCACUGGAAAUCGGAACACUUUACUGGUUAAUCCAAAUAAGGAAGGAUUGGACAUAUUGGAAGAGCUUAUUACAUUUUAUAGUUCACACUAUUCAGCCAACUUGAUGCAACUUGUUGUGUAUGGGAAAGAGAGUCUUGACAACCUUCAAACCCUUGUUGAAAAUAAGUUCUCUGAUGUCAGGAAUACUGGAAGGAAACGGUUUUCCUUUUAUGGUCAUCCAUGUUCAAGUGAACAUCUCCAGGUCCUAGUUAAAGCAGUUCCCAUAAAACAAGGCCACACGUUGAGAAUACUGUGGCCAAUCACCCCAAAUAUCCAGCAUUAUAAGGAAGGUCCUUGCAAGUAUGUGAGUCAUUUAGUUGGCCAUGAAGGAAAGGGGUCUCUGUUUUAUGUACUAAAAAAAUUAGGAUGGGCUAUGAGUUUGAGAGCAGGGGAAGGUGAUUGGAGUUCUGUGUUUUCGUUCUUCAGUGUUGUUAUACGGCUCACAGAUGUAGGCCAUGAACAUAUGGAGGACAUUAUUGGACUGUUGUUCAGAUAUAUAACACUGCUUCAGACCUCUGGAACUCCUAAAUGGAUUUUUGACGAGCUUCUAACUAUCCGUGAGACAGGAUUCCACUACCGAGACAAGAGUCCUCCUAGCCAAUAUGUUGUCAAUAUUUCCUCAAACAUGCAGAUCUUUCCGCCGGAAGAUUGGCUGAUUGCAUCGUCUGUGCCAUCAAAGUUUUCACCAGAUGCUAUUCAGAGUAUAUUAAAUGACUUGACUCCAGAUAAAGUUAGAAUAUUCUGGGAGUCAAAAAAGUUUGAAGGGCAGACGAACUUAACAGAGCCAUGGUAUGGUACAUCGUAUUCAGUUGAAGCAGUCCCUCCUUCCAUCAUACAGAACUGGGUAAAUAGAGCUCCCAUGGAAGAUUUGCACAUACCAAAACCUAACAUCUUCAUUCCAAGUGAUCUUUCAUUGAAGAAUGUUGAGGAGAAGGGAAGUUUUCCUUGUAUGCUGCGGAAAACACUGUUUUCCAUAGUGUGGUAUAAGCCUGAUACGAUGUUCUUCACACCCAAAGCCUACAUCAAGAUGUAUUUCCACUGUCCACUGUCCCGUAGCUCUCCAGAAUCAAUAGUUCUUACUGAUAUGUUCACAAGGUUGCUAAUGGAUUAUUUAAAUGAUUAUGCUUAUGAUGCUCAAGUUGCUGGUCUUUACUAUGCUGUUAAGCCAAAUGACACUGGGUUUCAGAUAACUAUGGUUGGCUAUAAUGACAAAAUGAGAACCCUUCUGGAGACUGUCAUUGGAAAAAUUGCUGCAUUUGAAGUGAAGGUUGACCGUUUUGUUGUGAUAAAGGAAACUAUAACAAAGGCGUAUGAGAAUUUCAAAUUUCAGCAACCUCAUCAGCAGGCAUCGUACUAUUGUUCAUUGAUAUUAGAGGAACAAAAAUGGACAUGGGAUGAAAAACUUGCUGCAAUUUCUCAUACUGAAGCUAGUGAUCUAGAGAAAUUUUUGCCUCAUCUGCUGGGGAAGACAUUUAUUGAGAGCUACUUUGCUGGAAACAUGGAACCGGGUGAGGUAAAAGGUGUUAUACAGCAUGUUGAAGACAUCUUAUUCAAUGCACCAGUCAGUUUGUGCAAAGCAUUGCCCUCCUCGCAGCAUCUUACAAAGCGAAUUGUAAAGCUUGAAAGAGGUUUGAGGUAUUAUUAUCCAGCUUUAUGCCUAAAUCAGCAGGAUGAAAAUUCUUCCCUUCUGCAUUAUAUUCAGAUUCAUCAGGAUGACCUCAAACAAAAUGUUCUACUUCAGUUGCUUGCCCUUGUUGCUAAGCAACCAGCCUUUCACCAAUUACGUUCAGUUGAACAACUUGGCUACAUAACAUGGCUUAAACAAAGAAAUGAUUCAGGCGUCCGUGGCUUGCAAUUUACAAUCCAGUCAACUGUGAAGGAUCCAGCCAACCUAGAUGCCAGAGUGGAAGCUUUUCUUAAGAUGUUUGAAGGAACUCUAUACCAAAUGCCCGAUAUAGAAUUCAAGAGUGACGUGAAUGCUCUCAUCAAUAUGAAGCUGGAGAAAUACAAGAAUAUAAGAGAGGAAUCAGCUUUCUUCUGGCGAGAGAUCUCUGAAGGAACUCUGAAAUUUGAUAGAAAAGAGGCGGAGGUUGCUGCACUGAGGGAUCUCAAGAAAGAGGAGCUGAUUGAGUUCUUCGAUAAUCAUGUCAAAGUUAAUGCACCACGAAAGAAGAUACUCAGUAUACAAGUCUACGGCCGUCUCCACACCAACGAGUACGAAAAGGUAGUUCACGACGAGCCACAGCCGCAUUCCUAUCAAAUAACCGAUAUAUUCAGCUUCAGGAGGUCGAGACCUUUAUAUGGUUCAUUCAAAGGAGGUAUUGGUCAGAUGAAGUUAUAGGUCAACAUUUUUAUAUAUUUACAAAUUCCGAAAGAAUAAUCUCUGCGGUAAUAAGGAAUCAAAUGAUUAGCACCAGCGUUGUAUUUGGUUAUUUACUGAAAUCUCCUGUUGGGGAGAUGGUUGGAUUGUUAGUGUGGAUGAUUUAGCAUAUAUAAUUUGGGGAUUUUAUAGUUGGUUUCCAUUUGUGUAUGCAGCGAAAUUUGGCAUGUAAUUUCAUCUGUUCUUAUUUUUUUUAGACAAAAUUGCAUGUAUUUCUUUCGACA